UUACAUAUCCUUAAUAACAUACAUGUACCUAUCUAUAUAGCCACAUAUAUGUUUUUCAAACCAUAUGAACAAUAAGUGUUAUAUAUACUCUAUAUUCACUAGUGAGUUCUGUUAUACUGAUAUAUCUCUUCCUUCUAGUGAACAUGGAUGGAAAGAAAUUGGAGUACAAAGGUGAAGAAGCACUUGAGGAGAUAGAGAGGCUAACAAUGAAUGCUGGUGAGGUUCAAGAAACCCUUUUGAAACAAAUCUUAACUCAGAACAAAGAAACUGAGUAUUUGAACAAGUAUAUGAAGGGAGAAACAUUUAUAACUGAUUUACAAGAGUUUAAGAAACGUGUUCCAGUAAUUAGUUAUGAAGGAAUCUUUCCAUAUAUACAGAGAAUUGCAAAUGGUGAAGACUCUUCUCUCAUCACUGGUCACCCAAUAACAGAAAUGUUAUGCAGUUCAGGAACAUCAGCUGGAGAGCCUAAAUUGAUGCCAUCAAUUGCUGAAGAUCUUGAUCGUCGUACCUUUGUCUAUAAUCUUAUCAUGCCUAUCAUGAACCAGUAUGUUCCUGAUCUUGAUGAGGGGAAGGCCAUGUAUCUCUACUUUGUGAAGGCAGAGAAGUGUACACCUUGUGGUUUACCAGCAAGAAGUGUGUUAACAAGUUACUACAAAAGCAAACACUUCAAAUGCAGAACACAUGAUCCUUGGAAUGAUUUCACAAGUCCUGACCAAACCAUUCUCUGCAAUGACAUCAACCAAAGCAUGCAUUGUCAACUCCUAGCAGGUUUAGUUCACCGCCGCCACGUCCUUCGCCUUGGUGCUGUCUUUGCUUCUGCACUUCUCAGAGCAAUUUCAUUCCUUGAACGUAAUUGGAGAAAUCUAUGUGAUGACAUAAGAAAUGGACAUUUAAGUUCUUUUAUAACAGACCCUUCAUGUUGUUCAUGCAUGUCCACAGUGCUUUCAUCUCCUGAUCCACGUCUUGCUGAUGAAAUCAGCAAAAUAUGCAGUCAAAAGUCUUGGAAGGGAAUUCUGUGUAAGCUUUGGCCUAAAGCUAAGUACAUAGAAGCAGUUGUUACAGGUUCUAUGGCUCAAUACGUUCCUGCUUUGGAACAUUAUUGUGAGGGGAAAUUGCCUUUGGUUUGUACAAUGUAUGCUUCUUCUGAGUGUUACUUUGGUGUCAACUUGAAACCUUUGUGUGAUCCUAAUGAUGUUGCUUUUACACUAUUGCCUAACAUGGGUUACUUUGAAUUCAUUCCUCUUGGACAUAAUGGUACACUUUUGAUGGACUUUGAUGAAAAUGAACAAGUCCCUAAUGACAAGCUUGUGGAUUUAGUGAAUGUCAAACUUGGUUGCUUUUAUGAGCUGGUCAUCACUACCUUUGCUGGGCUUAAUAGAUACAGAAUAGGUGAUGUACUUGAAGUGGUAGGAUUUUACAACAAAGCCCCCCAAUUUAAAUUCAUAUGCAGAAGAAACGUUGUAAUAAGCAUUGACAGUGAAAAGACAAAUGAAGAGGAUUUACAUAGAAGUGUAACAAUAGCCAAGAAAUUACUAGAACCUUAUGAUGCACUCCUAGUGGAAUACACUAGUUAUGCUGACACUUCUUCAGUACCAGGACACUACGUACUGUACUGGGAAAUUCUACAUUAUGGUUCAAAAAGGGACCCACUUGACCCAAAUGUGCUACAGCAAUGUUGCAUUGCAGUUGAAGAUGAACUUGAUUAUGUAUAUAGAAGAUGCCGCACCAAUGAUAAAUCUGUAGGAGCAUUAGAGAUACGUGUAGUGGAGGCAGGAACCUUUGAUGCAUUGAUGGAUUUGUUUAUUAAUAAAGGUGCUUCAAUUAAUCAGUACAAAACACCAAGGUGUAUUAAGUCUAACAAAGCACUUAACUUGCUUAACUCUAAAGUUACUGCUUCUUUUUUUAGUCCUAGAGAUCCUAAAUGGACUCUUAAUUAAUUCA